GCAUCCGCCACCGAGCCCAGCUUCGACUCAGCAGUUUGCCCAGACCCGGAUAUGCAGGUCUUGAUGCCCCAAACCGUCCUCCUGCUGCUGUCGGGGGCCCUGGCAGUGACCGAGACCUGGGCGGGUGAGUGCGGGGCGGGAGGAAAGGGCCUCUGCGGGGCGGGAGCGAGGGGACCGCCGGGCGGGGACGCGGGACCCCCGGGGAAGGCACCUCUCCUCCGCCCCCGCUCCAGACCCCCAACCGCCCGGGCCCCACCCCAGCCUGUGCUCUCCCUUCCUCCCCGCCUGUGCCCUGCGCUCCCACACUCGGUGCCCCUCCCUCUACCCUCCCUGCCGCCUCCAACUGGUCCUCGACCCUGCGCCAGGACGAGGGUCGGGCGGGGUCUCAGCCCCUCCGCACCCGCAGGUUCCCACUCCCUGAGGUAUUUCUACACCUUCGCGUCCCGGCCCCGACGCUUCAUCGCCCUCGGCUACGUGGACGACACGCAGUUCGUGCGGUUUGACAGCCGCGCUGGGAGUGGGAGGAUGGAGCCGCGGGCACCGUGGGUGGAGCAGGAAGGGCCGGAGUAUUGGGACGAGGAGACCCGAAUCGCCAAGCACAAUGCAUGGUAUUACCGGGUGAGCCUGACCAACCUGCGGGACCACUACAACCAGAGCGAGGCCAGGCCUCACACCAUCCAGCGCAUGUACGGCUGUGACGUCGGGCCCGACGGGCGUCUCCUCCGCGAGUACAGUCAGUUCGCCUACGAUGGUGUGGAUUACAUCGACCUGAAUGAAGACCUCCGCUCCUGGACCGCGGCGGACUCCGCGGCGCAGAUGACCCGCCGCAAGUGGGAGGCCGAAGGUUACACUGAGCAUGACCGGAACUACCUGGAGGUUACGUGCGUGAAGUGGCUCCGCAGGUACCUGGAGAACGGGAAGGAGAUGCUGCUCAAGGCAGAACCCCCCAACACACACGUGACACACCACCCCAUCUCUGACCGUAUUGUCACCCUGAGGUGUUGGGCUCUGGGCUUCUACCCUGCGGAGAUCACCCUGACCUGGCAGCGGGAUGGGGAAGACCUGACUCAGGACACAGAGCUUGUGGAGACCAGGCCUGCAGGAGAUGGAAACUUCCAGAAGUGGGCGGCUGUGGUGGUGCCUUCUGGAGAGGAGCAGAGAUACACAUGCCAUGUGCAGCAUGAGGGACUGCCUGAGCCCAUCACCUUGAGAUGGGAGCCGCCUCCUCCUCCCACCAUCCUUAUCACAUACAUCAUUGCUGGUCUGGCUCUCCUUGUGGUCACUGUGGUGACUGGAGCUGUGAUCUGGAGGAAGAAGCUGUCAGAAAGAAUAAGACCAGGCUACUCUCAUGCUGCAAGCGAUGAAAGUGCCCAGGUCUCUAAUGUGUUUCUCACGGCUCCUAAAGAACAAUAUCUUCUAUCAAAAGAUGGCUGUUUUCACUUGGGGGCUCACUGUAGGUGUCCCUGAAAAGAUCACCUGAGCCUUGGUCGGAACUGUUGUCUCUGCUGCUCCUGACACCUGGGUGACACUUGUGCCACUCAAGCUGAAAUGUCUCUGCACAGACUUAGUGCCAGAUCUGGGAGCCCAUGGCUGCCACAUCCCAUCAGUCCCACCUCCAAGCAAGUGAAGAUGUUAAAGAUACUUUUGCCAGAGGAGAAAUGAAAAAUACUGAGUUCUAAAAAUAUCUGUUGAAAAUGAGACACUUGUGAUUGCAUCAUGUAGUCUGCCUUCCAGUUCCUGGGGUAAGGAUUAUGAUUCCUUUGUUUUACCCCUCCUGGAGGACAAACAGCCGUGCAACAUAGUGUUCAGUUUAAACUCUCAGAAUGCCCAAGGAUAUGAGUGGAUAUUCACUGCCUGGUCUCCAGAAUAUUCUCAUGAUCAUCAAUAUAUGUUGUAUGUAGGAACUAGUGCAACUCUGAAAAAGGAGUUUGGAGGGGGCCACGUUACAGAUGAAGUGUUUGGAACAGUAAAGGAAGAUGCAUCAUUACAUGGAUAUAAAAAACAUAAUCUUCUGUCACAAUCUUCUCCUGCCCCAUUGACUGCAGCUGAGGAAAAAUCACGACAGAUUAAAAUUAAUGAGGCACAAACUGAC